CACCACAGUCACCCACACCACCACAAACGCAGCAUAACGCGUCGUUCGACGUCGGUGUUUGUGUAUACGUCACGUCGGUUUAAAUUAUGUUUUAAUUACUCGCAACUGCAAAGGGAACUCUAUCGAAGCACAUAAUGCUCCCUCAAUUGCAUAACAGCACUUGCGCAUGAGUGUGUGUGUGUGUGGGAAACGCCAGAGGACCAAAACACACCACACCGGGCGAGGAAGAACGGAAAACGGCAGAAACGGAUGAACUGCGCUGCAUUUUAACAGCAAAAACUGAGUUUUCCCUUAAAAACAGUUGCCAUGUCCGGCUGUUGACAAUCGAUAACGACUAACUAUCGCAACACCAACAUUCAGUACUCGUUCGAACAAAAGUCACCACAGCGCAUUGGAAGUUGGGUGGGAGUCACCGCUAAACAGACACUGCAGCCCUGGAAGAUGACAACUUUAGUGCAUUGCUGACCUGGCCACACUGAUCAGCCCCGAUUUUAGUUGCUGUUUUUUUACAUAACUCGCCACAUUCGUUCGCCUCGGAAUCCGUGAUAUAUAUAUACAUGAUAAUAUAAUAUAUUAUGGCCGUUUUCCUGAUCAACGUCUGCAAGUACAAUGGCUGCGGCAUCACAUUUCCGAGCUUGAGCGAUCUUAUUUCCCACAUCGAGGACACCCACAUAGACUAUGACCCGAAGGUGGUCGAACAGAAGGAGCAGGCACAGCCUGCCUGCCUGCCGCUGAGCUACGUCCUGCGCUUCAUUACCGAGGAUAACCGCAAGGAGGCGGGCUCAUUCCUGGCCAGCAACAAUUCCGCCCCACCGACCACCAACAGCGGAUCCAGCUCCGCUGGUCAUGGAAAUGGCAAUGUGGAGCUCAAGCGAAAGCUGGCUAUUAAGCACCACAGCUACAGUAUGUCCUCGUCCAACCGCAGCACCACGCCCACAGGCAGCGAAAUGGACGAGGACGAAAUGGUGGUAACGGAGUCGGAGGAUAGCAACGACUCCUGGACCACUGAGGAGUUCAGCUCCGAGUUUAUCAUGCGCUACGGCAGCAGGCAUUCCGGUGGCGGAAGCAAUGGCACGCCUGGCAAUGAGAAACCAUUCGCCUGCCCCGUUCCGGGAUGCAAAAAGCGUUACAAGAACGUCAACGGCAUCAAGUACCAUUCGAAGAAUGGCCACAAAAAGGACGGAAGAGUUCGCAAGGGCUACAAGUGUCAUUGCGGCAAGAGCUACAAGACGGCCCAGGGCCUGAAGAACCACGCUCUGCACACCCACAACUCGCAGCCGGAUAGCGUUCUGAAUGCCCAGCUGGCCAAUGCCUUGGCCAUCGGCGAUGGGGCCUCAUCGGCCACGCCUGUGGGCAGCAGCAACUCGGCCACCUCCUCCUCCUCCUCUAAUCCGAACCCGCCGCCCAUCAUUCAACGCAGCAACUCGCCCUCGCAAUCUCUGGGCUCUCUGAGUCCUUCGAGCAUCAGCAACAUGUCGAGCAGCGCCAGCAGUUGUCACGGAGGCAGCAGCAGCCUGUCCGGGAAUGGGAAUAACAACAACAACGGCACUAAUGGCAGCAGCACCACCACCAGCAGCACCACUGCCAUCCUCACCGGCAAUGGGAAUGUACUGCAGCAGCUCAGCGCUGGGAAUGUGGUCACUCUGACCAAUCUUCCCACCCAACAACAGCAGCAACAGCAACAGCAGCAGCAACUCCAUCAGAACACUCCAACAGAAACCUCUUACUCCUGCUCAAACAACAGCAACCUCAGCAAUCCGAACAGCAACCACAGCAGCAGCGAUUCUAGCAAGCCUCCGACGACCGUGAACAAAAGGUCCACAGCAAUCGUUCCUGCCAAACCGCUGCUGCCCAUGCAGAUCUCGCCCAACUUUAUUGAGCACAAGUAUUCGGCGCUGGCGAUGAAGGAGAAGUUCUUCUUGAACUUGAGGGCCGGCAAAACGGUGUCCAGUUCAUCCGGAGGCGAUGGGGUCACUACUGCCCUGGGACACCAAUCGGAUGUGGGCAUUCAUGGAGGAGGAUCAGGAGGAGGAGGAGGUGGUGGUGGUGGCUUGCGGGCGGUUGCUGUGGGCCAGAUGUGCGCGCUUCAAAACGAGCACAUUCACCAAAAUCUCUACAAGAAAACGAUCAACUGACCAUCAGAUCGAUCGGAUGAUGCGGAGACGCUGGGCGCCGCUGAAAAGCAAGAGAGUUGGCUGUGAUGAAGUAGUAACUAACUGACUAACAAAACCUGACGAGUGGCGGAGCAAGAGGAUUCGUCAAUAUGGCUGAGAUGGGAAAAGAAGGAUGCAUCAAUAGGAGGAGGGAGGAGUGGAGGAGCUGGGUGACGCCCUAAAUAUCCUUAGAGAAGUUUUCCAAGACAAGGCAAAAAGAAGCAAGAAUUUCCAUUGGCUUCCAAAUGUAAUACUACAAGAUGCAAAAAACAAAUUCCAUGCAUUUCGCAAUUAUGAAAAUAUCACAACAAGCACAUAAACAUAAACAUAAAAAAACAUUAAAACUAAUCUCAAACAUAUUAAGCAGGAAAUUCUUUAAAUACAUGAACUGUACAUAAAUUUGGCCUGCUUAGAAAAGCUUCUCUAAAAACAGCUUUAGAUAAUUCUAAAAUUAAAAAGAAAAAAAAAUACGAAACAAAACAAAAAAUCGAAAAAAGAAUUAAUUAUACACACCACAAAAAUUUUAGUAAAUACAUUUUUGGAGAUCUUUCUUCAACUAGUCAUUAUUGUAGUUAAAUUAAAUUUUUGAUUUUAUACACUCGUAAAAAACCAGAACUUUCUAACCGACUGGUUGGUGGAGUCCCCGAACCCUCUAUUUAUAACUUUAGAAACUUUCCCCUGUACAACUUCAAUGAAAUCUUAUUUGGGGGUUCCCCCAACCAGUUAAUGAAAUCAUUUUUAAUUCAAAAGUCAUAAAUUGUCUAAAAGAGAUCCACUAGAAGGAAGGAAGAAAAUGGAGCAGGAAAAAGAAGAACGAUUUCGUGCAGACCAUUUGAAUUAGGAAAAUUUAAGGUCGCAAACUUGCCAAGGCAACUUUAAGCGAGCCAAAAAAAGGAAAUGGAGAUGGAAAUCCGAUGCAAAAGUUGAUAAAUGUCGAAUAUUUCAAAAAUAAAAUAGUUAGUUACAAAUUUAGGGAAAGCCAGGAGGCGUUUCCACUUGGGAGCCACAAUAACUCUACAGUAGUUAUAGUAUUAUAUUUAUAAAUUACACUAUUAUUUAUACGACGGCAUACAUCUGUAGCUGUGUGAGUGUGUGUCCGUGCAUGUAUUGUAAUUGUUUAUUUAUAGUGUUCAAACGUCCCUAAGUGUAAAGUCCCAAAAACAAAAAAAAACAUACAAAAUAUACGAUAUGAAUACAAAAUAUUUUUGUGCAUACUCUCAUUGCAUGCCUCUAAAUUUGAUCGAACUUCCUAUCCUAGCAGAAUCGGGUUCCUUAAGCAUUCAAACCAGAACAAAAACAAUGAAAUUUUUAAUAUACGAUAUUUACGUCAAUAUACCUACAUCAAUUUAGUCAGCCGCCAAAACAAAACGAAAAAAAACCUUUUCAGAGCGCAUUUCGCAGACGCCCAGCGUCUUAAAAAUUAACCACAACUAAACUAAAUAGUUCAGCGUCCCUUAAAUGAUAUAACACCUAGCUAUCGAUGCAUAUUUACAUCUAGAUAAAAUAUCUUUAAGUCCUCACGCUUAAGCGACUCCCAACGGAUCGCCCUAGAUUAGCCAAACAACUUUUAUAUGGAAGGAACUAGCUUCGGUCCCCCGAAGAACCCAUCGAGUUUUCAGUUUUCCUGAUCACUCGCAUUCAAACUUUCAAAAUGGAUAAUGAACUCAAAACCCUCUAAUGAAAACAAUAAAUUGAGUAUGUCAUCUUAUAUAAGACUGCUGUUAUGUUCGUAAAUAUAUUUAAUAUAUGUAUGUAAAAUUAACGAAAAACAAAACACACAAAAAAAGGUAAUAAAACAAAAAAACCUUUUAAAUAAAAAAAUCACAAAAUCCAGAAAAUGAAUAAAAAUGAAUAGUUAACGUAUUCGUACUCUACCUACAUACUAUGUACUAUAUAAUGUAUUGUAAUUGUAAUUUACUAAUAUCGUAAUAAUACGUAGAGAAUUAACUAAAGUCUAAACAUAAAAACCAUCGACAUCCACAUCAAGAUAGUCCCAACAAAAGGGUUUAUUGAGACACACUUUCCCCACACAUAAAAAACAUCAUCUACAACAACAACAACAAAAAAAUGUAGUAAAAUAUUCUCUUUUUGCUUUAUGUGAUCUAUUACAUAAUACAUAAACAUAUGUAUAAUAAAAAUGUCCUUUAAAAACCAA